UGCAGAAAUUUGAAAAUCCCCGGCAAAAAUUGAAGGGAGAGAGAGAGAGAGAGAGAGAGAGAGAGAGAGAGGGGUGUCAUGGAUUUGUUCUUCCACGAAGAGGUUCAAAGCGACAUCUUCUGGUGCGAUCAACUGGUGGAGCCGCCGCCGCCACCGCCGCUGCCGCUGCCACCGGCUAACCCAAGCGCCUUUUCACCAUAUACAAACGGGCUGCCGAGUCAAGACCGAGGGUUCAUGCCGAACCCGGGGAACAAUAUGAACAAGCGGGUGAUGGAGUUCUUGAGGAGGAGCUGGGCCGAACCGAGCCAGAUCCAAGAAUUCGACCGCGAACGGGGUUUUCGACACAUGUUGAGCGAGAGGAUGAGGAGGGAGAAGCAGAAGCGUAGCUACUCGUCAUUGCUCUCCGAAUUGCCUCAUGGUACCAAGAAUGACAAGAACUCCAUCGUCCAAACAGCUUGCAUGAGAAUCAAGGAGCUGGUGAAGUACAAGCAAGAGCUGGAGAGACAAAACGGGGAGCUGAAGUCUGGUCUGAACGAGAAGAGCGGAGGGGACAAAGCUGGAGGGACCAAGAUCAGAGUCAAGAUUGCGAACCCGACGUCCGGGAUUGAUUCUAUGUUGGAGGUCCUCAAGUGCCUGGACAACAUGGGACUGAAAGCUACGGCGAUUCAAACGCAGUGCUCGGCCGACCAACUCUUCGCCGUGAUCGAGGUUGAAAAUGAGAUUGAAGCCGCAGAUGUUGAAAAGGUCAUCCAGUGGACCCUGCUCGAAGCCGAGAGGAAACUUCUUCCCAAUAGCUACGAGGGCAAGUUGGACUGGUUGAGCUAACGAGAGAUGAACAUCGACGCCAGGUUUCUUCCACGUCGGUUCGAGACUUCCCUUACUUGCAUGUUCGUAAAUAGGACGAAGUUUCCCUCCGGGUGCUUUUAGUCGAGUGGUCACAAAUUAUGGAUGUCAUCUAUGUACAGAUCUGAUCAAAUAAAAUGUGGGUCACGUCUGUAUUUGUAGCUCACUAAUCGAAAGUAUAGUUAGAGUCUUCUUCGAUUAGGAUUGUUGGGAACUAUACUUCUCGU